AUGGAGCGACAUUUUGCUAACGUUUUCCUGUAUCUUCUGUGCUUCAGUCUGAUCAAAGUCGCCGAGUUUCAAGUGGCGCCAAUCUGCGAAGUACCGGGUCAGACGAUCCCGAUAAUUGACGGCACAUGCCAGAAUUAUUAUCUAUGCGUAUCCGACGGUCUAGGGCUGAUGCCGAUAAAACUAUCGUGCUACAUCGGUACCAUAUUUAAUCCAACAGCGAUGAGUUGCGAGCCCGGUAUAUGCAUGCAAACCGCGACGCUAGUACCACCAACUUGCUAUCGAUACGGCCGAUUUCCCGAUGUGUCAGAUAACACUUGUAAAAAGUAUUAUUUGUGUUACUGGGAUAACACCAUCCAGCAGUACACCUCAAUGCGAGAUCUUCAAUGUCCGAACACACUGUUGUUCGAUCCAAGAUCGGAGAAGUGCGUUCUGCCGGAGAAUUACACGUGUCCGAGAUUCCGAGGAUAA